AGGGACCGUUGAAGUUGAUGGAACCGCCAUCUUGAAAAGUGGUCACUGAUGAUCUACCUUUUCGCGCCUGGAAGAACCAGUUGUAAACACUUUAUUUUUCUUUCUAUGAUUUGGAAAUCUUUAUAUAUUUGUUUUGUUAAGACUUUAGGCAAAUGGCCAAAUGAACUACAUGACGGGGACUCGCCAUUUACAGUUGUUUAUCGGUGAGCGCUGCUGUUGAGCUGAGCGCUGCUGGUGAGCUGGAGGUGGAUGUGCUGCAUGUGUGCUGUGUCCAAGGGUCUCUUCUGUCUGCUGCCUGUGGAGCCUGUAAUGGGCCAGAUCUCACAAAGAGCACAAACAUUAUUUUAUUUUUAAUUAGUGUUUCAACCUCUGGACUCGACCCCAGUCAGAAGCAUCAUGUUUUGGAAGUUCGACCUGCACACCACGUCCCACAUCGACACGCUCCUGGAGAAGGAGGAUGUGACGCUUACAGAGGUGAUGGACGAGGAGGAUGUGCUGCAGGAGUGCAAGGCCCAGAACCACAAGCUGGUGGAAUUCCUGGUUCGGCCCCAGUACAUGGAGGACCUGGUCACCUACAUCACGCAGGAGCCCAGCGAUGACGUGGAUGAGAAGAUCAAGUACAAGUACCCCAACAUAUCCUGUGAACUCCUGACCUCUGACGUGGGCCAGAUCAAUGACAGGCUGGGCGAAGACGAGGGCCUCCUGAUGAAGCUGUAUGGGUUCCUGCAGAACGAGGCCCCCCUCAACCCCCUGCUGGCCAGCUUCUUCUCCAAGGUCCUCAGCAUUCUCAUUGGCAGGAAGCCUGAACAGAUCGUGGAGUUCCUGAGGAAGAGAGAGGACUUUGUGGACUUGAUGAUAAAACACAUCGGAACCUCCGCUAUUAUGGACCUGCUGCUCCGCAUGCUGACCUGCAUCGAACCACAGCAGCUGAGACAAGACGUGUUAAAUUGGCUUAAUGAGGAGAAAGUGAUCCAGCGACUGGUGGAGAUGGUCCAGUCGUCCCAGGACGAGGAUAGGCACUCCAACGCAUCCCAGUCCCUGUGUGAGAUCAUCCGUCUGAGCAGGGAUCAGAUGUUCCAGGUCCAGGGCUGCUCGGAGCCCGACCCGUUGCUGGCUACGCUGGAGAAACAAGAGACAGUAGAGCAGCUACUUACAAACAUCUUUGACAAGGAGAAGAAUGAGUCUGCGAUCGUCAGCGUGAUUCAGAUCCUCCUCACUCUGUUGGAAACACGAAGACCAGCGUUCGAGGGCCACCUGGACGCCUGUCCACCAGGCAUGAGCCACCCGGCCUUCUCAGUGAACCACAGCAUCCUGGAGGCCGUCAGACCGCGCCUCAAGGACUUCCACCUGCUUCUCCUGGAGCCCCCCAAGAAACAUGUGAUGAGGACGACCUGGGGCGUGCUGGACCCCCCGGUGGGGAACACACGCCUGAACGUGGUGCGUCUGGUAGCCAGCCUGCUGCAGACCAACACCCACAUGAUAAGCAUGGAGCUCAUCACCCUCAACACCCUGGGGGUCAUACUGGAUAUGUACUUCAAAUAUAUAUGGAAUAACUUCCUGCAUAUCCAAGUGGAGAUCUGCACUGCCAUGAUCCUGGCCCUGCCCCCUGGCCACAGCCCUGAGAUCAGGGAGCCAGACCAGCAACCCCUGGCAGAGAGCCACCUCAUCAAGCAUCUGUUCCAGAAGGGUCAGUUCAUACAGAGAAUCCUGGACGCCUGGAGCUCCAACGAGAAAGAACAGUCUGAGGGCGGACGCCGGCGAGGCUACAUGGGUCACCUGACCAGGAUAGCCAACUCCAUCGUCCACAACUGUGACAAGGGCCCCAACGGAGCUCAGAUUCAACAGCUCAUCUCAGAGCUUGUGGAGGAGGACAGAGAGCGCUGGGAGGCCUUUACCUCCGGCCAGCUCGCCGACACAAACAAGAAGAACACUGUUGACCUGGUGAACACGCACCACAUCCACUCAUCCAGUGACGAUGAAGUAGACUUUAAGGAGAGUGGCUUCCACCAGGACUCCUCUCUACAACAAGCCUUUUCUGAUUAUCAGAUGCAACAAAUGACGUCCAAUUUUAUUGAGCAGUUUGGCUUCAAUGACGAAGAGUUUGCUGAUCAGGACGAUGUUGUGGAUAUUCCCUUUGAUAGAAUAUCAGACAUCAAUUUUUCCUUGAAUACAAAUGAAAGUCAGAGCAUAGCUCUGUUUGAGGCCUGCUGCAAGGAGAAGAUCCAGCAGUUUGAGGACGCUGGCUCAGAUGAGGAGGACAUCUGGGAUGAGAAGGAUGUCACGUUCGCUCCAGAGGCUCAGAGAAGGCCUAGGAGUUCCGGCAGCACGGACAGCGAGGAGAGCACUGACUCGGAGGAGGAGGACGUGAAGAGAGACCCGUUUGAGCCUAGCAACGCCAUUGCCGACGACAGGAUGGAGGUGGACUCUGGUGACGGACCAGUGUGGACAGCCAACUUUGACGACAUCCCCAUGGACACCGGCAGCUCCACAGCCAACCCUGCCCCCUCCCCUGCCAGCCCCGCCCCCUCCCUUGCCGCCCGGACAGACACAGCGGGUUGGAGCUCUCCCCGCGACUCGGACACCGGCUGGGCUGACUUCACCAACUUUUCCCCUGUCAGCCCCAAAGACCCCCUGAGAAGCAACUCUCCGGUUGCCAUGGAGACCAGCAUAGAAACCAUGGACCCCCUGGGUGUAAACGCACCCCUGCAGUCUGCCGACUCCGACCCCUGGCAGGUUGUGGUCCCGCUGCCCCCCUCCUCGGGGGCCCAGCCUGGGAGGGGCUCGGAUGCAGAGGAGGAGCUGGCCAGCGACCGCAUCACAGAGACGGUCACCAACGGCUCCAUGAAGGAAACAGUCAGCCUUACUGUAGAUGCCAAAACUGAAACUGCUGUGUUCAAGAGUGAGGAAGAGAAGUUGUCUACCUCGGAGGAGGCAUCUGCUAAGUAUGCCGUGGGAGAAGGAGCCGAGAGUGUGAAGAGCAGCCCUGCUCCGGCCCAGCCCGCUGCCAGCUGUCCCAGAGCCAGCACUGCAAAGCAAACAGAAGACAAGUCCAGACCUGCUGGCGAUGUGGUUAACGGCCCCUCAGAAGAGGCAGCUGUACUGGAGGAAGCCGUACUGGAGGAAGCCAAAACAGAGCAGAGUGUGCCCUUGCCGGAGGCUGUGAACGGCCCAGCGUGAGACUGAGGGAGGUGGACGCUCAAGCCAGCCUGUUCCUGCCACGCACCACCCCUGGCUCACCAGCAGGGGGCAGUGCCAGUCCAGACUCAGAGCUGCCGCUGCACUAACUUCACCACCAGAUCAGGACCAGCAAUAUUCAUAUUAGAAUACUAUUACAGUUGUACAGACCUGUUGGAACUGAAAUGAAGAGACACACAUACUCUAAUGGAUUCAGAUUUUUUUUGUUUUUUUUUGCAUUUGUUUAUAUACUGUUCUUCUGGGGUGAUCUGUCUAUCUUGCCACUCAAACUUCAAAAGUAAUGUUGCUAUAGUUAAAAAUGAUUGUAUGAAUAAAUAUUUUAUAAAAGAAAUGUAUACAGAAACAAAAGAUGAAUAAGGGUCAGAACCUUCAGUCACCAAGACCAAGCUGUUAAUGAAUAGGAUUUUCUCUCCUGCACAAAAUCUGAUAUUUAAUUUACAAUUAAAGGCAAACAGCUACCUUGAGAUGGUAAUGGCCUACCCAUGUUGGUCUGUGAAUGAGUACACUUGAUAAUAAUGGAAUUGAUCAUUUUAAUAUUCAAAAAGGUUUUUAUUUUUGCCACUGGUAUUAUUUGUAAAUGUUUCUGUAUUCUCUCAACAUGAGCAACAUUUGACACCCUUUUUGGUGUAGUUUAUUUAAUUUAUUGUUACAGUAGAUGUGUCAGCAAGAGCCAUACUCAUGUUGUUUCCUCUCCUGACAUUAAAUAGUUCAACCCCAAGGUUCCAGGGCUGGAGGGAGAGACAGAGGGGGGGGGGGGGGGGGGGGGGGGGGGUCCAGUCCACAUGUAGCUUGUGAGCCGGUGCUGGUCCUUUGUGGAGGCAGGUGAUAAGUAGCCGAGCUUGGCUGUCUAGCUGCUGGGUAACUCAUGUUUUAGAGAUUAUCAAUCAUGCAUCUACCUGGCUUGAUCUCCUUGUUAUGAUUUUUAUUUUUUAUUGUUGGUGUGAGCAGCAGAGAGGGGAACAUUUCUCCCACCCAUUUUUCCACCACAGAUAAUUACAUUUCACCCUGUAAUUAUAUGAUGUUAUGAAGCCAAUUCCUUUUGACCUUUCUGACACUGAUUCAGGAUUGUUUGAUGAAUGAUGUCUUACUGUAAAUACUCUGCUCAUGA